GUGGUCUGUGAAUGGUGAGGAUGUCGGCACCGGUGCUGUGACCGACACGAUGUUCAAGAAACCAGGGGCAUAUCAGUGCUCCGUGAGGGCGUUCAUCCAGAGGGAUGACGGGGAUGACGAGCGAGAAGAAGGAGCAACGCCCGGCCUUGAUCGUCGCCGCCUAGCGGCGGCGGCGGAGGAGGAAGAGGCGGUAUCGGAAAAGAACGGUUCCUCGCGGUCAGCGUCGUCGCGACCGUCGGCGGAGGGCAGCCGAGCGACGAGGACGGUUGGCGGCGGCACAGCAAGCACGGGCGGGCGCGUCGUGGAUCCCGUUAACACGCUCAACUUCGUGGUCGUGGUGAAGUACAUCCGUCGAGAGAUCCGGACGCUGACGGACCGCGACCGGGAGACGUUCUUCAACGCCGUGUCCAUCAUGCAGCGCGUGCCCAGCGCGGUGGGCCAGCAGGUGUACGGGAGCAAGUACUACAGCAAGGACUUCUUCAACCGGAUUCACCUCUACUACGGCGGGCGCGAAGACUGCGACCACUGGCACGCCGGGGCCGGGUUCGUAACCUCCCACAUCGCCGUGUCCCUCAUGUACGAACAGUCGCUACAGGCGAUCAACCCCGCCAUUGCGCUUCCCUACUGGGACUUCACCAUUGAGGGCACGUUCUUCGACUGGAGCAACUUCAGGUCGAGCUCCAUCUUUUCGGACGACUGGUUCGGUGCCGCCGCCCCUAAAAACCACCUGCGGACACCCGCCCGGGGACGGUUUGGGUACAUCCCCAACAUGAUCAAUGCCACCGAGUUCUCGACUGUGCGCAACUCCUACGGCAUUCUCCAAGCCCCCUGGAACAACGACCCGACUCCGUUCCUCACGAGGAGCGACCACCUGAUGGGCUUCGUGAACCACCGGAAGCCCUCCGGGUGCCGGAGAUACCGGGAGGCCAUCAUGCAGACUAGCUGGAUGGCGCUGACGGAAUCUUUCAACGACGGCGCACACGGAGAGAUACAUGAGUUGCUCGGGGGGGCUUGGUCGUCGGAGGCCACGGCCUACUCCGAGAGGACGAGCGACCUCGUGCAGCCUUUCGUGCACGUGGCGGUGCCACUGCUGAAGAUGCUGUGGCGCACGGGGUACAUGCAGUGCCCGGAGACGUGCGCUCUCGACGUUACCCCUUGGGAGGACUGCGCAUGCACCUGCUCCGAGGAAAACUUCAACGGCAUGAACUCGUGGGAGGUCUUGCAAGACGCAGGAGUGCUGGCCGAAGGGUUCUUCUACGACAAGGACGGCGUUCUCAUCGAGGACCUCGUAGACAGCGACGGCAACGCCUUCGAUAUUCUUCCGGGAUACACCAAGGGGGAGACGGUGCAGAUCUACGACGAGAUGCUGCGGGCCUUGUGCAUCCCUAUGCGCGUCGGCACUCACUACGGCGCCACAAGCACCAACGACCCGACGUUCUGGUUGAUUCACCCGACGUUUGACAGGCUUUGGCAUUUGCGAAGGCUCGAGGUAAUGUCGAAGGACGACACGGUCUUCGACGAGACGUGGAUCCCAGACCACUUCUGCUACGGCCACAACCCCGACGACAUCCAGCCGUUCCGGAACCUGUUCCUGCAUGACAGUGUGGUUGAAGUCGAAGAACACGGGGGCAAAAAGAUUGAGAUCCCGAAGGCCUACUACACCAACAUGCAGCUGUAUGCCAUGCUCAAGCCGGACAAGAUGGACAGCCCUUACGUGUACGACAACUUCGAGUGGGGACACUGCGACGCGCAAGGCGUGUACAUCCACGGCUUCUGAACGGACAGAUGCUCGCGGCAUCGCCAGCAUGUUUGGGUCGCUACACGAGUCCGCUAGCUCUGGGCUGUCGAAUUUUUCACAGAAAGCAGGCACAGCGUUUGUUUUGCUAUUUUUGCAUUUUAGUCUCUAUCCCCAGGCAAAGUAUUGUGUCCCUUAUUUCCCAGCAGGGACAAGGAAUACCCAUAGGAGGGGGGAUUUGUCAUGAUUUUGACUUGGAAACCGGGAGGGCAGAGCAAGAUUCGCGCUCCAGGGGCUUUGGGAGGUAUACUUGAAUACUUUGAAAUUUUUUCCAUGUGGGGGGGGGGGGGGGGGG